AGUUAAUUUCCGAGUGCUAACACCAGAGGAAAAACCAUGGCAGAUUCUGUAGUGAUGGGGAGCGGAUCUUUAAACUCCGGAAGCCGCUCGGGGAGCAGUAAGGCCAGCACAAGUCCUACGGAGAACUAUCAGCUGGCUCGGAGACGCACGCUGCAGGUGGUGGUCAGCUCUCUUCUGACAGAGUGUGGCUUCGAGAGCGCUGAGAAAGCGGUGGUGGAGACACUCACGGAGAUGAUGCAGAGCUAUAUAACUGAGGUUGGACGUUGUGCGAAAGCAACCUGUGAGCACACAGCUAGAAGCACCCCUACACUCUCUGAUGUGGUCGUCACACUGGUCGAAAUGGGUUUUAAUGUGGAUACUCUUCCAGUGUAUGCCAAAAGAUCCCAAAGGAUGGUCAUAACUGCACCUCCAGUAACGAAUGCUCCAGUCAUCCCAAAAGCCCUCGUGGCCGGACAGAAGCGCACUCAUCCAACAUACAUCCCCGGUCACUUCCCUGAAUUCCCAGAUCCUCAUACAUACAUCAAAACACCAACCUUUAGAGAGCCUGUGUCAGAUUACCAGGUGGUGAGAGAGAAGGCGGCAUCACAAAGGAGAGAUGUGGAGCGCGCGCUCACCGCUUCAUGGCCAAGAACAGGAGAGACGCAAAGCCUUUUUAAGGAUGACAUCAGUGCAUUCCCUUUAAUUUCAGCAAAGCCGAGCGCCAUCCCUUACCUCAGCGCCCUGCUGCCCUCUGAACUAGAGCUUCAGUCAUUGGAGGAGACCGAUUCAUCUGAGCAGGAUGACCAGACAGACACAGAGAACAACUCUAGUCACAUUAUUCAGCUCACUGGAUUGUCAAGCAAGGUGGUAUUUGUUGCAGUUCAGAUGGGAGUCCAGUUUCACUUUUUGAAGCAAUGA